AUGCAAUGCUGUGCAACAUGCUGGCCUCCAACACUAGAUCUCCGCCCGGCCAGUGAGGAGCUGUGUAACCGUGGCAAAGACACGGACGGGCCCCCGCGCCCCAAGCUCAUCACACAGGCCGCACAGCUGCUGGGGGAAGACAUUGAGUUUUGCAUCAGCCUCUUCAAGUUCAUCCAGCUCUCUGAUGUGGUCACAGCAAGGUCCAAGAGGGUCAACAUGUGGGCCGAGGACAUUAUGGCGGGUAACAACUCCGGCAUGGGGAUGGGCAAUGUGAUGUCGGUGCUCAUAAAUGGCAGCGCCAACUCGUCCAUGAACCAGAAGUGGCUGGAGGCCUGGGAACUAAUCCGUCCACGGGCGGGCCCCCUGCUAACCAUGAUCAUGUCCAAGAAGGCCUUUGUGUGCGCACUGGUACCCAUUUUGGAGCGGGUUGUGACACAUGUGAGCUGGAAACGCAUACGCACCUUCUUUGAGACGUUCAACAUGACCAGUCCACUUCGGCUUCGCUUUGAGGACGAGCGCUACGUGGUUAAGAUGGCGAUCCCAGUCAUUGACCACGCCAAGCACAUAGCGGUGAACCUGUACGUCCGGGGCGACGUGACGAAGGAGCGCAUCAUUGAGACCACCAUCAUGAAUGACAUUCUGGUCGGCAACGAGUUUGUCAAGUACCGCCUGUACACAGCAAGCCUUGAGUCGCAGGAGUACUAUGUGCAUGAUGGGUGUGCCUCGGGCUUCUUUGAGCACAUGGCCCAGAAGAACUCGCUCGACGCGAUACUGGAUGAUAAGACGGACAAUAUGCCGGUAGACGCGAAAAACUGA